ACCGGGGACAUGAGACUCUCUCACCACAGAUAAUGGACUUCUUGAGGAAGGAGAAGGGCAAAGAAUUGGAGAAGGAUCCUAAAACAAAGAAGGGACUGUUCUCUGGGCUGCACCUGAAGAAGAAGAAGAAAGCUGACAAGGGGUUGACGUUUGCAAACAAGGGUGCACUAGGGAAACAUGAUGACACGGACAGCACACACGGCGAUGUCCCUGCCAGUGACCUGGGUGGCAGCAGUGAGAGUCUCCUCACAGACCUCUCCACUUCUACCACAUCCCUAUCUACAGCCAUGCAGAAGAAAAGAGCCAAGCUAGAAUCAAAGAUUCAUGACGGAGAAACUAAAAUACAAACCUAUCAGAUUGCCAUAACCAUCACUGAAGCCAGGCAGCUGAUUGGUGAAAACAUUGAUCCCGUGGUCUUCAUAGAGAUCGGAGAUGAAAAGAAACAAACAACAGUGAAAGAGGGAACGAACGCUCCGUUUUACAAUGAGUACUUUGUUUUCGACUUUGUUGGGCCUCAAGAACAGCUUUUUGACAAGAUCAUACGACUGUCUGUUAUGCACAACAAGCUAAUAGGAAGUAUAUUAAUUGGAUCAUUUAGAGUUGAUUUGGGCACUGUUUACAAUGAACCAGGGCACCAGUUCUGCGACAAGUGGGCUGUUCUGACGGACCCUGCUGAUAUCAGGACUGGGACUAAGGGUUACUUGAAAUGUGACAUCAGUGUGGCCGGCAAAGGGGACAGCUUGCAGUCAUCUCAGAAGAUCUGUGAUGCAGAAGAGCAAAUAGACAAGAACCUGCUGGUGCCUAAAGGAUUUCCCACUGAGAGGCCCUGGGCCAGGUUCUACGUGAGGCUCUACAGAGCAGAAGGGCUGCCGAAAAUGAACUCCAGCAUCAUGGCCAACGUCACAAAAGCUUUUAUAGGAGACAGCAAAGACCUCGUGGACCCGUACGUGGUUGUCAUGUUUGCUGGACAGAUGGGUCGGACUACAGCCCAGAAGAACACAGCAGAGCCCGUGUGGCAUGAGCAGGUCAUAUUCAAGGAGAUGUUUCCCCCUCUGUGCCGGCGGGUGAAGAUCCAGGUGUGGGACGAGGGCAGUAUGAAUGACGUGGCCUUAGCGACUCACUUCAUAGACCUGAGGCAGAUUUCUGAUGAGCAGGAUGGGGACAAAGGGUUUCUCCCGACAUUUGGUCCAGCCUGGAUAAACUUGUAUGGCUCUCCUCGCAAUACGACCUUGAUGGACGAUCAUCAAGAACUCAACGAGGGUCAUGGAGAAGGAGUCUCAUUUAGAGGACGCAUCUUAAUUGAAAUUGCUGUGGAGAUCCUGUCCGGAGGGGCUCAUGAAUCUAAGUUUUCCAAGAUCAUCAAGGACAUCAAAAUCCCACUGAAAGAUAAAUCUUCAAAGGGAUCCGGGAAAGACAAAGGGGAGAAGGCACCAGAAGAGGGGAAGCCUACUGCAGAUAAAACCAACUCCACCCAGGUGGAAGUGGAGCCGUUUGACGUUCCUCCUGAGAUACAUGAAGAAAAAUGUGAAGAUUUUCUUCUCUUUGGGUCGUUUUUUGAGGCGACUCUAAUUGACAGGAAGAUAGGAGACAAACCCAUAAGCUUUGAAGUCAGUGUAGGUAAUUAUGGGAAUGUUCUUGAUGGAGCGUCGCACCAUACAAGUAAGAAGAAGGCGUCAGACGCUGAUGACUCGGACAGUGUCCCGCUGCUGCACGCCGAGGAGGGGGAAGCUGCUUCUGAGAUGUCAAUGUCCUUUAAGUCAGUGACAGCCCCGGAGAAACCAAUCAUAACAGAGGGAAACAGGAAUUACUACUACUUACCAUUUUAUGAGAAAAAGCCCUGUAUCUACGUGAAGAGCACAUGGGGCGAUCAGACCUUUAGACUGUACACUUCAAACACGCUACAGAAAAUGGCCGACCACCUGGUGGAAGGCUUAGAGCAGAUGAAAGAGCUCAUCAAGAUUUCCGAUUUCGCUCCUGAAGAAAAGAUUAGAGAUGUUCUUACAGACUUUAUAAGCCAAAGCAGGAAUUUCAUCGCUGCAGCUGAUAAAAAAGCCAAGAUGGUGAACACCACGGCCCUGGAUAAGAAGAGAGUAACUCUGUGCAAGCAGGAACUGGAAGGAAUCUCAAGUCUAGCGAAAUCCAUUGUACAACAGAAGAAGAAGAUGUCGGUGAAUGAUAUGAUGAGGGAGAUGCAGAACUUUGUGGACAGGAUCAAAUUCCUGGUGGAUGAGCCCCAACACACUGUGCCCGAUGUCUUUAUUUGGCUUCUCAGCAACAACAAACGAGUUGCGUACGCCCGGAUUCCGGCCAGAGAUGUCCUGUACUCACCGGUGCCAGAAGAGAGAGGUCACCACUGUGCAAAGAUUAAAACCCUUUUCUUCAAGCUCCCUGGAAAGAAAGGCCCCGGAUGGAACAUCCAGGCGAAGGUGGACGUCUUCUUGUGGCUGGGAUCCAGCAAGUACUCACAUAACAUCUUCGAAAAUUUGCCAAUAGGCCAUGAGAUCGAAACACAUCCAGCUGCCAGUGGACAGCAUGGUCCUCCGCCGCCUGGCAACCUCAUCUAUAAGACAAAAAACAUGUUCCAGCUGCGUGCGCACAUGUACCAGGCUAGAGGGCUGAUUGCUGCGGACAGUACCGGCCUCUCCGACCCAUUCGCAAAAGUGACAUUUGUCUCCCACUGCCAGACAACAAAGAUCAUCCCGCAGACACUGUCACCCACCUGGAACCAGAUGCUCCUCUUUAACAACAUCAUCCUGCAUGGAGAAACAAAAGACAUCGAGGAUGAUCCCCCGAACAUCGUCAUAGAGCUGUAUGAUGACGAUGCGCUGGGUAAACCCGAGUACAUAGGCUCUACAGUUGCGUCACCGAUCGUCACGCUAUCUGACCACACCUACUCUCCAGCCAAACUGGCCUAUUUCCCCCUAUACUGCGGAAAUCUCUCCGGAGGGGAUCUCCUGGCUGCAUUUGAGUUACUGCAGAUUCCUGAGUCUGGUGCCCAGGGUCUACCACCUGUUGAAGCCCCGGACCCCAGCCAGGUGUACCCUGUCCCUGCAGAUAUACGCCCUGUGCUGAGUAAAUAUAGAGUGGAAGUCCUGUUCUGGGGAGUCCGGGAACUGAAGAAGGUGCAGCUGCUGUCUGUUGACCGGCCCCAGGUGAUGAUUGAGUGUUCAGGGAAAGGAGUCAAGUCCAGUGUGAUUCAGAGCUACAAGAGCAAUCCUAACUUCACGGUUAUGGCAGACUGGUUUGAAGUGGAACUGCCUGAGAACGAGGUGUUACAUCCGCCUCUCAGUAUCUGCGUGGUGGACUGGAGAGCGUUUGGCCGGAGCACACUGGUUGGGACCCACAUGAUCAACUGUUUGAAACAGUUCUUGCAUAAACCUUUGGCGCUGGACACUGCUGCAGUAAAGGAGGAAGAAGAACCCAGCGCUUCCUCGGACAGUGCUGCACCUGAGUAUGACAAUCCAGACCAAAAAGAGCCAGUGGAUCACAUCUAUGUGGAUGUAGGAGCACCCGAAGCCCAGGCAGCUCCAUCUGGUUCCUCCCCAUCUCCAUCCCCAGUUCCACCAUCAGGACCUUCCCCUGAUCCAGCUUCAGCUUCACUGCUUGAUCCUGAUUCUACACCACCCAUUGAUCCAACAUCUACCCCACCGGCCACCAAGGACCAGAGUGUAGCUGAAGAUGGUGCCAAACCCAAGACCUCAACGGCAACAUUUAAAUCUCCCUUGAAGAAAGACACUAAACAACAGGCAUUAGUGAGAGGUUCCAUCAGGCGCUCAACAAAGAAGAAAAAGAGAACUAUAGCCGACGAGUCGGCAGAGAAUGUCAUCGAUUGGUGGUCAAAAUAUUAUGCGUCGCUGGAAGCACUGCAGAAGGCCAAGGCUAGUGUGACAACCACAGAACCGCCGCCAGCUGACGAUGCUGCUAAGACUUCUAAGACAAAAGGACACGUCACCUUGCUGAUUGAGGACGACCAGGAUAAAAAAAAGAAAGAUGGCAAAAAGGGACUGGACAUAGUUAAACCGAAGCCAAAAGAAGGACCAAAACUGGCAACACUACAGAUAUACGAUGGGGAACUGGAGAGCGAAUUUCACAACUUUGAAGACUGGGUCAGAACGUUUGAACUGAUGAGAGGCAAAGCCAAUGAUGAAGACCACAGUGUCCAUGACAACAGGAUUGUCGGUAAAUUCAAGGGCUGUUUCAGCAUUUCUAAGAGUAUGGAUGAUUUAUCAAGCUCUAUGGACACCCGGCAGCUGAAGAUUCUGCAGGGGAUCCCCACAAACCACUCUGUGAAGGUCCUCAUCCGUGUCUAUAUAGUUUCUGGCAUCAAUCUCAGCCCGGCCGAUCCAGAUGGAAAAUCUGAUCCCUACAUUGUCCUUAGGCUGGGCAAGACGGAAAUAAAAGAUCGGAACAAUUAUAUCCCCAAACAGUUAAACCCGGUGUUCGGACGAUCAUUUGAAAUGCAGGCUACUUUCCCGAAGGAAUCUCUAUUAACUAUCUUGAUAUAUGACUACGAUUUGAUUGGGUCAGAUGACCUCAUUGGUGAGACAAAAAUUGAUUUAGAAAAUCGCUUCUACAGCAGAUACCGCGCAACCUGUGGCUUGCAAAGUCAAUAUGAAAUAGAAGGAUACAACGCAUGGCGGGACAGCACCAAGCCGACAGAAAUACUCACCAAACUCUGCAAAGACAAUAAGCUGAGUGCCCCAAUUUUCACACCGGGACAAAUACGGAUUGGGAAUAAAAUCUUUUCGGGGCAAACGGUGUUUGAUGAAGAUGAUGAGAAAGUGGAAUCGUACGAACACCUCGCACUGAAAGUCCUGCGUUCCUGGCGAGAGAUCCCGACAAUUGGUUGUAACCUUGUUCCAGAGCACAUUGAGACCCGAGCUCUGUAUCACAGGAACAGGCCUGGAAUCGAGCAGGGCAGGAUUCAGAUGUGGGUGGACAUGUUCCCGACAGAUCUGCCACUUCCGGGCCCGCCUGUUGACAUCUCCCCACGUAAACCAAAAGGAUAUGAAUUGCGAAUCAUAAUCUGGAACACAGAAGAUGUGAUACUGGAGGAUGAGAAUAUAUUUACCGGGCAAAAGUCAAGUGAUAUCUACGUGAAAGGGUGGCUGAAGGGUCUGGAAGACGACAGCCAGGAGACGGAUGUCCACUACAACUCUUUGACGGGAGAAGGGAACUUCAACUGGCGUUUUGUGUUCCCAUUCCAUUACUUACCUGCUGAGAAGCAAGUGGUGGUCAGUAAGCGGGAAAACAUAUUCUCUCUGGAGAAGACUGAGCGCAAGAUCCCGGCCGUCCUUCUGCUCCAGGUGUGGGACUUCGAGAGGCUCUCCUCCGAUGACUUCCUGGGCUCUAUGGAACUGAAUCUGAAUGGAUUCCACCGGGGGGCGAAGACGGCCAAGAGCUGUGACGUCGGUAUGGCCACCACCUUAAAGGAUGAGGACCGGAUCUAUUUCCAGCAGAAGCGGAUUAAAGGCUGGUGGCCGUUCGUGAAGUCUGGAGAACUGACGGGCAAAGUGGAAGCAGAAUUCCAUCUGGUCACAGCAGAGGAAGCAGAGAAGAAUCCAGUUGGCCGUGCAAGAAAGGAACCAGAACCACUAGAGAAGCCAAACCGGCCAGACACGUCCUUUAAUUGGUUUGUGAAUCCCUUCAAGUGCCUGGUACACCUCAUCUGGAGGAAUUACAAGAAGUACAUCAUCAUCGCUCUGCUCCUGCUAAUCCUUGCCCUGUUCAUUGCGCUGUUCGUCUACACGCUGCCUGGCGCCAUCAGUCACCGAAUCCUCAAUGGAUAAACAUGCCGUUCCCCCCAGCCAGCGGGAAUCCGCAGUGGGCAAUGUAUUCGUGUCAGCCGGACAAGCUAAGUCCCCAGGCCACAGUUAUACAGCCGUCUGUGACCGUGGGAGAUUACUGUUCUCUAUCCACAAAUGGGUUUACGGUGUCAUGCUCCUACAUAUAUAUAUAUCAAUCAAGAAACUCUAUACAGACUAUUAUUUUAUACUGCCGAUAUCUCAUUGAUUGGGCAAAGGCUAUUUCCUGCCGCAAUCUUCAACUUGUACUUAUUGUUGAUUUAUUUAAGAAAUACUGCCAGGGAAAUAUAUAACGUGUAUAAUGAAUUUGUGAUGACAGCAACCGUUCCAUAGGAGGAUAGCCAAUAAAUAGCGCAUGUCAUGUUUAUAUUCAUCCUCACACUGACAGUUAAUAAAUUACAUUGUAUGUCAUGGCUAAGGAUUUAAUAAAUGCAGCUACACUGUA